CUCCUUGCCGUUAGUCAGAGCCACGCGUCGCCCAGCACAGGUCACACCCCUUCACCGUCGAGCACAGAUGCGUUCCGAUGGCGGCCAACACACACUUAUCCCUCCAGUCCCUGCGAGCCGCCAGCCAGGCCAAGGAUCUGGCUGACAAGAGGGCUGAGGUUCGCCGAAAAUCCUUACUGAUUUUGGUCCAUCACUAUCUACAUCAGGAAGGGUUCGGCGACGCGGCGAAACUCUUGGCCCAGGAGUCGCGGCUCAACACGGAACAGUUUAGCGUUUGCGACAAGACGGACCUGUCGGGGAUACUGCAGGAUUACGAGGACUGGUACGUCAACAAGUUCCAGAAGUACCCGCGGUUGGCCCGACGCGUGGUGGUCCCCAGGCCGCCCCCGAAGCCCCACCGAUGUGACCUGCAUGGCCACGGUGACGAAAACAGCCAGGGCAGCGAUACGCCAACGGGAAAAAAGAGUCCCUUCUUCAGGCGGAGGUCCCUGCCACGGAGCGGGGGUUCGGGGGGCAGCAUCGGCCGGGCAGCCAGCGACCCCAGCCUGAGCGAGGACUUGGUGGAGGUCAGGGGUCACGGGCGCUCCAGGAACUCCGUCAGGAACAGAACCAUUGAUAACAAGAAGAGGGAGGAACUGAACAGGGGGCCGCCGGUGAUGGGUGGGCGCCGCACCUCCAGCAGCGGGCCCGCCAGGAGUCCGGGUGACGAAAAGAAGGAUCCCUCUAAGUCCUCCUCAGACACAGACAGCGAGCGUGGCGGCGCGGCGGUGGCGGUGGGAACGCUUCGGCCAGUGCGGACAGACAGGAUGCCUCGGCAAGUCAUCAACCUCAAACAGAUGAUCAGUGACUACACUCGCCUUGAGGAUAACAUCGGAGACAUUGGCAAGGGUCCGCCUGGCGCCCUGACCUCUCAAGCUGACCUCCAGGGCGGCGAGGAGGAAGAGGGCAGCGAUCUCUGGGACGACAAGAGCGUCAAGCCGCCCAUCGCGCUACCUCACUUCUCGGGGGAGUUCAAGGACCUCGCCAAUAUUAUACAGAGGGAAAUCCUUGUCGAAAACCCCCAGGUGAGAUGGAACGAGAUUCUGGGCCUGGAGGACGCCAAGCGGCUGGUGAAGGAGGCUGUUGUGUACCCGCUCAAGUACCCGCAGCUCUUCAUCGGCAGGUUCAAGCCAUGGAGAGGUAUCCUGCUCUACGGACCCCCCGGCACAGGUACAGGCCAAUCAGUACGCACCUUCCCAGCCACCGGUUCCAAUUAUACGCAGAUCCAGCUACUAUUUAGGAAGGCCAAUCAGUACGCACCUUCCCAGCCACCGGUUCCAAUUAGUACGCAGAUCCUGUUACUAUUUAGCUUACGGACCCCCCGGCACAGAUUCCACGCGCCUUCUACCAUCUUUGGGAUGAAGACGCAACUGCUUGUCGAAAUGGACGGUCUGACCCAGGCUAACCACCAUGUCUUCCUGCUGGCCGCGUCCAACAUUCCCUGGCAGCUGGACCCCGCUAUGCUCCGUCGCCUGGAGAAACGUAUCUUGGUACCAUUGCCGGGGAAGGAGGCGCGGGAGGCAAUGUUCCGGCACCACCUCCCGGAGUGCAUCACGGACCUUCAGGACGUAGGCCACACGAUCACAACGCAUCUGGAGUAUGAGCGGCUGGCAAAGAUGUCGGAGGGCUACAGCGGGUCGGAUCUUCAGGUGGCGUGCCGGGAAGCCUCCAUGGGCUGUUUAAGAAAGGUGUUCAACGUGCUGGAAGACCAUUCAGUUGAGGACUCGGAGCUGCCGGAGCUUAAGCUGGACGCUAUCAAGAUGCCGGACGUGGAGGCGGCGUUGCAGAAGACCAAACCGACACAGAGCGACUCGCAGCUGUACCUGGAGUGGCACGCUAAGUACGGCUCGGCGUGAGGCGCGCGGAGGGCUGCCGAGGGACCUGACAACCAGCGCCCGCCUAGGAGGCGGGAAGAAACACAGCAGCAAAGACCAAGAAAUAAGAAAGUCCUCCUCCUCCUCCUCCUCCUCCUCCACGGGCGAGAGGCGGGUGUCUGGAGUACAAAGUUGAGGACGACGAAGGUUGGGGCCAAAGGAGAGCUUAUGGAGCUGUUGCGACCCGCUGCUGAAGAGGAGAGGCCCCGUAUGUGUGUGUGUGUGUGUGUGUGUGUGUGUGUGUGUGUGUGAGUGUGUGUGUGU